UGUUUGGACUUUGCACUUACUGCUCCGCAUCAUUUGACAGUUGAGAUGGGUGUUGGUCUGGCAGUUGUCACUCUGCUCAUCGCUCUGAUGCAAGGUGUAUCUUGUAAAACCUGGGAUGUGACGCUGCCCCAAAGUAUCUCAGGCAUCAGUGACUCCUGUGUCAUAGUCCCUUGUCUUUUCACGCUCCCCAUCAAUGAGGAACCAAACAUUGUAAACUGCUCUGGUGGUGUUUGGAGAAGAGGAAGCAUUUCUGGUCCUACUGUCUUCUCUGCACACAAUCCUUACAAUAAUAUUUUACAAGGGCAUAUGGUUGGAGACUUGCCGAAGAAGAACUGCACUACAGUAUUCCACAAUUUCCCAAAGAACUUCAGCGACAUGUACUUCUUCAGGCUGGAAUGUACAAACCAUGUCAAGUACACUUUCAGUGAUGGAGUCAACAUUAAUGUCCAUCCAGAGCUGCCUCCUCCUGAGCUGACCUCUGUGAGUCAGGUGUCAGAGGGAGCCCAGGUGAGGCUCCAGUGUUCAGUCCCAGUGCCUUGCUCUGUCCUGCCCCCCUCCAUCACCUGGCUUCCCCGAGACAACUCCAGGCAGGAGCAGACACAAAUGCAACAGACGACCAUGACGUCCACACUGACCUUCAUUGCCACAGCCAACAAUCACAACCAGAGCAUCUCCUGUUCUGUCACGUACCCGCUGACAAAAGGGGGCAGCAGCCCGCCGUCUGCAUCCACUCAAAGGCUCAACAUCCUGUAUGCUCCUAGAGACACCGUGGCAACACUCAACACACCUGUUCCUGUUUCUGAGGGCCGUACUGUGAUGUUUACAUGUCAGAGUGAUGCCAACCCCCCUGUGAGCCUCUACACCUGGCACAGAUCCGACAGUGGAAACCUGACUAAGAAGGCUGAGGGAGAAAUGCUGGUCCUGCAGGUCAGCCAGGAGGACAGCGGGGUGUAUCUGUGUGAAGCUCAGAGUCAGAGGGGCUCUCAGAGGUCCAGACCUGUGUUUUUGGAGGUCAGCGCUAAUACAGGUGGCAGCGAGUGUGUUGUUUUACUUCCCUACAUUAUGUGUGGAGUGUUGUUAGCCCUCUACAUCCUGACUGUUGUUGUGGAUGUGUACAAGUAUCGGAGUAUUUGCAGGAGGCUGAAGCAGAUUGAGCUGAAGGAGGAACACACCUACACUGAUCUGAGGACCUGCAGUGUCGCCUCUGACUAUGACCAACUCCAGUCUCGACAGCCUAAAACGAUGCCCUCUGCCGACGUUCCCAACUAUGAAAACCCCAUCGCCCUACAAGCCAUUUUAAGAAAUCAACCUCCGUCAAAACGAAAAUGAAGAAUGAGUGAAAGUCUUCCUUAAAGUGGUCUAGAGAAAUAUAUCAACGCUUCAGAUUUUAAUAUAUCUAGAUUUUGCAUCCAAAAAUGUCAAAUGUCUCUACUUCAUGUUCUUUAUCUACUUGCAAUCUUUAAAGCUGUGUCGAGUUCUGUAAGUGUGAAUGAGAAGUCUCUGCCACUGAGUUUAAGAUGGACAUCUAAGGGAAAAAUAAAGACUUUUAAGAAGUUAAA